CGGUCACUUAUACUGUAAGCCAUGUUUAGCUUACGUCGCAAGCACCACUAUGGCGUGCCCUUACGAUGGUUACUUAGUCACAGAAACUGAUGCAAUGCCACUCGUGGAGUCAAAUAAAGUGUUGGCUGAUACUAUUGGCAAAACCGUGGUCUACUGUUUAUACCAAAACAGUGGAUGCACAUGGCUUGGCUCUCUGUCUGCUAGCUCAUUACAUGACUUGAGAUGUGCAUUCGGCAACUCUCUUGUUAUGUGUACCAGGUGUGGAGUUAAAACUUCGCACCUUCAGUGGCAGGAGCAUGUUGAAGUUUGUCCUGAAAUGCAAGUUCAGAUGCAUGCUUACAAUGAGGCUAAUGUUGUUAUGGGCGCCACCUCUCAUGAGAGUGCACAGGAUCAUGGUGUAGCUGCUGCAACGCUGACUCAAGAUCAAUGGUACCAACAACCAUAUCAGCAGUAUUACCAAAACGGUGAUGAUGGAUACUCCAUGCAUCAACAACGGCUGCACCUUCCAAGUUUAGAUCCCCAGCAUCAAGUACUUUAUGUACAGCAAGAAAUUCAUUAUGGGGCUCAAACUCACUCUCCUAUGCAAGCUCAACCACAGCUCCAAUCUCAGAGCUACCCGUCAGUGCCAUCUCACCCGCAACAUCCAUCACUGACAUUUCCAGCUUCUCAAGGUCUCAUAAACGUGCAAGCUCAAUCACAUUUCCAACAAGUGCCGGAUGUUCACCCACCUCAGCCUCUGCCUACUAUGCACAAAGAACAGUCUUCGUUACCAAGUCAAUUAACAAGAGCUCAAUAUUGGAGGCAAAUGGUGCGUAAGUAUGGAAGAGCCCCAGCCCCUGAAAGCUCAUCAGGUUUAUAUUCUUCACAGCAACCUUUGCCAAAACCUUCAUUGCCCCAACAGCAUACGACGGCACCAACAACUGAUGUAGUUCACAAUCAGAUGCAUCAGGGAGGCCAUUUCCAUAACCAACAUCUAGCAGUGAACUCUCAUUUGUGCCCCAUUGGCCAACAUGCCAUAUUAGAGCAAGAUGGACGUAGACAUUUGAAUACUAUUUUCCAGGAGUACCUCAAGACUGUUCACCUACGCAGUGAAGAUCUUGAAAGAUCCGGAGAUUAUUUUUCAGGAUUAUCGGAUAGAGACUUUGACCAGAUAUCACCAAUUAUCUCUAGGGAAGAGCAUGAGGAAUAUUUCGAGUUUAGACCUGCUUCAAGAUUCUCUCAACCUUCCAUUGACUUGGGAGACAGACAGUUCAGAGGUGGACCAAGCAUUCUUAAUGGUCUUCGGCUUCCAGAUAUUGUUGACUUUAGGAGUAAAUAUACUUCGCAAGGAUUUUCUGGUGAUGGUGGAUCAUUUCCAGGACAUGUGGGAUCAUCUUCUCUAAAUUCCGAAAGAAACGCGACAGGAACCGUUGAAGGUUUAGACUUGCACUCUCAGACCAGGGGCAGGGAGCACCAACAUAAGUCAAUGGAUAGGGACCUCGUGAUCAAGCAGGAGGCAAGGGAAACUUAAAAUAGCUUCUGAGAAUUCUUCUCCAUUUGGUAAUCAGAGCUUUAGGAUAUAAAGAGAAGAAGCAUUCCAUUAUACAUUGGUGAACUUUC